AUGUCAAUUGAAGUUCUAUUGAACGUGGGGAAGUUGGAUGCGUCUCUGGCUCUCUUAACGACGCAGAACCACCAUGUGAUUGAGUUCCCCACUGUACUACUACCAGACAACAUCAAGGCGGGGUCCAUCGUCAAGAUACAGGUGACAAAGGAUUUCAAACAAGAACAGUUGGAGCGCGAACGAUUUGCAAAGAUACAGGACAAGAUCCUCGAGAAGUACGGGACGAUGGAGCCUAAGGCGCCGCAGUUGCGCCUCGUAAACGUGACGCAGACGAGCUGUGUGCUUGAAUGGGACCCACUAGACGUGGGGUCUGCGCAAUUAACGUCUCUUAUCCUCUACAAACAACAUGCGCGCGCUUUGAAUAUCCCGAACCCGCUGAAUUCGACAUCAACAAAAGUCUCCGGUCUUUCGAUCGAUACGGAGUAUGAGUUCCAGUUAAAGUUAUCGACUACUUCCGGGAAGCUGUGGUCGAACACACUAAAAGUCCGCACACACAAAAUGACGGAUAUGUCGGGGAUCACAGUAUGCCUGGGGCCGCUAGACAAGAACGGUGGCAUCACACGGGAACAGGUCGUGGCCAGCUUGAAGGCCAUUGGCGCGAAGUCGCCUCAAAAAAAGGUUUCGCUAGACACCACGCACUUUGUAUGCGGGGAAGAGGUUGAGGAGGACAACAGAGAGCUCAUGCGCGCGAAGAAUGGCAACAUACCGAUUGUGCGGCCGGAAUGGAUAAGGGCGUGUGAGCUUGAGAAGCGUAUUGUCGGUGUCCGGGGCUUCUACUUGGACGUCGAUCGUUCUACCCUAGAAAGCUACCGGUUUACGAGCUCAGACGAACCUAGAAGCACAGAUGCGCCGCAAGACUUUCCGACCGGUGGACAAGAAACGUGGCCGGAGGGCGUGGGUCCAUCAGUUUCCGACUCAAUUUCCGCCCAUCGUACGAGUGACGAGCCCGCGCGCAAUGAGCUCUCAGACGAUACAGUAGCGUCCAUAGCGCCAGAGGAGACCAAUCCUGAGUUGGAGGUCCCACAGCAACCAGAACCAGAUAUUGUAGAAACCAUCGAAGGGCCGGCGUCAGAAAAACCGGAUCGUGUUGAGGACAACGUUGCAGAAGAACCAAUGGAGAACGUUGUAGAAGAACCGAUAGACAGCCCUUCAAAGGGCACUGAAAUACGCACCCAUCAUGCAGAUGAUAACAGGAACGAAACCGCGGUUUUAGAUGGCGACAAGCAAGAUGACUAUUCCGGUGUAAACACAGUAGAUAGCGCGGUUAAAGAUGACUCUGUCCCCGCUGAAACACAAAAUCUACAGAAUAAAGAUGGAGAAGCAACAGAGCCUGUGGUGGCUAAUGCGGCUCCACCUGCUGAAUUCGGUUCGCCUGUUGAAGCGGCUCCACCUGCUGAAUCGACUCCACCGAAAGCCAAGACAAGUCUCGAGAGCCCUGUCGUCCUGACGGAUGCCCCGGCCCAAGGAACUGCAAAAAACAGCCCACCUGGCAAAGACGAUGUCCCGGCCAAAGACCCAUUGGAACCAAGCCUGCCGAUCGAAACUGCCAACCUGGCCGGCAGCGAGCCCGAGUUAAACACCGGGGAACCUGCAGCCUCCACAGACGAAGUCCCGCCAGCGGCCUCGAAUGACGGGCCAGACGCUGCGCCAUCAGCAGUAGACGAGGCGGCCGGCCCAAGCAACGGCCCCAGCGUCCCGGGAACCCCUAUCGCCUCCGUAAACAAGAAUUCCUCCGCAGUCAACGUCUCCCCCGCCAAGAGUACCGGUAGCCCCCAAAAGGGCAAAAAUAAGAAGAAGAAGGGCAAAAGAGCAUGA